AGCAACUCCAGCGUCGUGGGUAUUUAGGGUUUAAGGCAGACGGUUGUGGGUGCUGAGGGUGUUGGAGGUUUCUAAGACUGAAACAGUGUUUGAUUUUCUUCAUUUUCUGCUUCUCUUCUUCACCAUGUGGGCACUACGCCGACUUCCUAAGCCGCUCAAGGAAUCAAGGAUCAGUGUUCGAGCUUCUUAUGCUGUUUCUGCUCAAUUGCAAACUUCAAGUUACUUCAUUGAAGAAAUUGCUACUAUUUUUGGUUCUUGCCAAACAUUAUCUGAUAAAGGUCUAUCUUUAUUGAGAUUUUACCACACAAGACGUGCAUCCUCUAAGUUCUCUGUUAAAAAAUUUGGCCUUUCUUCCCAAGCUGGUGCUGAAAGCAGUGGGGAGGAAGAUGACGUUGAAGAUGGUUUUUCUGAACUUGAAACGCCUGCUAAUGCUGAGACCAAAGGAGAACAUAUUGUUAAGGAUGAAACUAAAGAUGGACUGGAUUCUGAUCAAGAAUUAUCUGGUGAUAUUGAAGAAACUGCUUUAAAUGAACUGGAAUUGUUUGAGGCUGAGACGGAUGUUCUUGAUAAGAAGUCAUCUUCACGGAGAACUAACUCGGAACUAUUCAAAGCUAUUAUCUCUGCUCCAGGUCUUUCUAUUUAUAAGGCUCUUGAUAAGUGGGUUGAGGAAGGAAAAAGUAUUAGCAGAGAUGAUGUUUCUUUUGCAUUUCUCAAUCUUCGCAAGCGCAAAAUGUAUGGCAGGGCAUUGCAGCUCUCUGAGUGGUUGGAGAUGAAGAAGCAGCUUGACUUUGUUGAGAGAGAUUAUGCUUCUCGUCUUGAUUUAAUUGCCAAGGUACGGGGUCUCCAAAAGGCAGAAGACUACAUUCAGACUAUCCCGAAAGCUUUCAGGGGAGAGGUAAUCUACAGAACCCUCCUUGCCAACUGUGUUGUUUCUAACCAUUUGAAGAAAGCAGAGGAGGUCUUUAACAAAAUGAAGGACUUAGAAUUCCCGAUUACUGCAUUUGCUUGCAACCAGCUGUUACUCCUCUAUAAGAGGCUUGACAAGAAAAAAAUAGCUGAUGUGCUGUUGUUAAUGGAAAAAGAAAAUGUCAAACUUUCACCCUUUACUUAUAGAAUCUUAAUUGAUACGAAAGGUUUAUGUAAUGACAUAGCUGGGAUGGAUCAAAUUGUCGAGACAAUGAAAGCUGAAGGUCUUGAACUGGACAUCCUUACACAAUCCAUCCUGGCUAAGCACUAUGUCUCAGCUGGCCUUGCAGAAAAAGCUGAGGAAGUUUUGAAGAUGAUGGAAGGAGACAACAUAAAGGAGAAUCGUUGGGGUUGCAGGUUUUUGCUCCCUCUAUAUGCUGAACUUGGAAAGGCCGAUGAAGUGGAAAGAAUUUGGAAGGUCUGUGAAUCAAACCCCCGCUUUGAAGAGUGUAUGGCUGCCAUUGAAGCUUGGGGAAAGGUGGGGCAAAUUGAAAAAUCAGAAGCAGCUUUCGAUGGGCAGUUAGCAACAUCAAAAAAGCUUCCUGCUAAGUGUUAUACCAAGCUUUUGAAGGUCUACUCAGACCAUAAGAUGGUGCAAAAAGGGAAAGAUCUUGUUAAACGAAUGGAUGAUAAUGGGUUGAAGAUCGGGCCAUUGACUUGGGAUGCACUUGUGAAGCUUUAUGUUGAAGCAGGGGAACUGGAAAAGGCCGACUCGAUCUUGCAAAAGGCAUGUCAGCAAAAGGAAUCUAAGCCCUUGUUUGCUUCUUUCAUGGCUGUGAUGGAGCAGUAUGCUAAGAGGGGUGAUAUCCAUAAUGCAGAAAAAAUGUUUCAUAGAAUGAGGCAGUCAGGAUAUGUUGGUCGAAUACGUCAGUUCCAAUCUCUACUUGAAGCGUAUAAAAAUGGCAAAGCUCCUGCUUAUGGGAUCAGGGAGAGAAUGAAAGCAGAUAACAUAUUCCCCAAUAGGUACUUAGCGGCUCAAUUGGCUCAAGUUGAUGCGUUCAGAAGGACUGCGGUGUCUGAUUUGCUGGACUAAGGAUUUCAAUGGUUACUUGGCAACCUUUAUUUCUAUGAAUAGUUAUGCGUUUCAUGUGGUCAAAUACUGGUUGUUUAGC